AAAACUCAGAAAGCCAAACUUCGUUUGGUACUAAAGUUCCAGUGAUAGUGACAGUGCGUGGCAAAGAAACGAGCCUACAGAGGAACGUGAAGGAGACGGUCAAUGCUAGCGUGAACCUCAGUGAGCCGAAACCACUGCGACACGGAAAGCUUGGCUAACCGCCGAUAUUAGGCGGGGCCGGUGAAGAUGGGAGGCUGUGGCGCGCAAAGCACUGUGGGACACUGGCAACGUGGGGUGGGACGGAAGCCUCCGAGGGUCAGAUCUUACCGACGCGGGAAGUCCAGACACCAGAACUGUCUGAAGAGAAGGCCUGAGGCGGAGGAGGCUCGGGCUCCAGCGGAGGCCAUGGCGGAGAGGCCCGAGGACCUAAAUCUGCCCAACGCCGUCAUUACUAGGAUCAUCAAGGAAGCGCUCCCGGACGGCGUCAACAUCUCCAAGGAGGCCCGGAGCGCCAUCUCCCGCGCCGCCAGCGUCUUCGUUCUGUAUGCCACAUCCUGUGCGAACAACUUCGCAAUGAAAGGGAAGCGCAAGACUCUCAAUGCCAGUGAUGUGCUGUCAGCCAUGGAAGAGAUGGAAUUCCAGCGGUUCGUUACACCAUUGAAAGAAGCUCUAGAAGCAUACAGGCGGGAGCAAAAAGGCAAGAAGGAGGCUUCCGAGCAAAAGAAGAAGGACAAAGACAAAAAAACAGAUUCUGAAGAGCAGGACAAGAGCAGGGAGGAAGACGAUGAAGAUGAAGAAAGAUUGGAUGAGGAAGAACAGAAUGAAGAGGAGGAAGUAGACAACUGAGUGGAGAGUGGGCAGACCAUGGCGCCAUGGAAGUGACCACCUGCGAUGUUUUCAUGUGAAGCCUUUCCCUGCAAGGCAGAGCCAUCUUCGGCACAGGUGUCUGAGAUCAAAAUAAAAACUGACCAAAAAGAUCAAAAUCAUCUCUUCCGACACUCAGAGAACCUGAAUAACAGAAACCUGUUUUGCUGAAUCAGUCUGGAGGUUGUGACUUUUUAGUAUAAGGGAUUCUGAGUGACUAAAUAGUUUGAUAUUGUUUGUUUACUUAAGUAUGUGACUAGCUAGUUUUUGAUCCCAUUUCCCUACCCCUCCAAAAAAGUAAUAACUUUCAAGUUGCCUGCUGUGUUCCAGUUCACAGAGGCCCUAAAGGCUGAGGGGAGAAAUGGGGCUUUGAGCACAGUCACCCUGUUUGAUUGUACAGUGUUGGCAGUAGGUCAGAAUGGUUGCUCUUUAAGAAAUGACUAAAAAGCUGUAGGAGAAUAAGGUAAUCUCGUCACUGGAUUGUAGCAUUACUUGUUUUGUUGUCUAGAGUUAAUUAGCUUGUAGCCCUUUAUUGACUGUAGAUGUUCAGUCUGCUGUGGUGGCUGCACAUACAUUCUUAAAUUCUUAAUGUUGAUUGUAAUAUGUCAAAAAAAAUGGUGCCAAUUCUUAAAAACAGAUGGCUCAAUCUUUGGUGGUAACUCAGUGCCUGCACUGUAAGAUUUAGUGCUACCCCCUGGAAGGCAUAAAAUCCCAGGUUCUCUCUUCAUUAGCCCAUCUCCCUGACCUGUGGCUGCUGCUUUUAAUUCCCUGAACUCUUGACAGGUUCCAGAAUUUAUUUCCUCUAGGUCUUUCCCCCUUACAUCUCUCUCCUGCCUCUGCUUCCCAGCCCCACUUUCUCCUCCUUUUACUUAUUUCAUCCUCCAGUCUAGGAACUUUAGUAACCUAUAUAAUAUCCCAAAGUACAAGUUCCUCAGAUUCCUUAGUCCUCCUCCCAGAAAUGCCUCUGAACCUCAAGGCAGAUGUAAUGGUGCUCGAGAAUCUAGCACCAGAGCCACCACCACUGUGGCUUUGGAAGUGUCUGCUGGCCUUUCCUUUCUCCCCAUUCAGUGCUCCACGCACUUUUUCGUCUUAGCUGAGCACUUGAGGUUGACAAGUAAUGUCACAGCUGGAUACUGUGAGCUGGGUGAGUGGCUGCAGCGAAGACUAUGAAAGUGACUGGGGAUUGCUGAGAGGACUUAAUGCUUUAUACAAAUAAAGAACAUUUUUGUUUAAAAUGAUGACUCAUACAGUGUGCUUUUGGAAAGGACCCAUCUAGAUCAAUCUCUCUCUCUCUCUCUCUCUCUCUCUCUCUCUCUCUCUCUCUCUCUCUCUCUCUCUCUCGCACAGCACCCCAAGUCUUUGUUUCUGGCCUCAUAAACCCCAGACUCCAUGCUCUGAGCAUCCACAGAACUUUGUUUAACUUUUUGUUUUUUUUUUAUUUUGUUUUUUAAUUUGUUUUUCGAGAAGGGUUUCUGUGUGUAACGCGUCUACCUGUCCUGGAACUCACUCUGUAGACCAGGCUGGCCUUGAAUUCACAGAGAUCCACCUGCCCCUGCCUCCCGAGUGCUUGGAUUUGUGCAUCACCACUGCCUAGCUAAUUAAUCGUGAUGUCUGGGGGUUUUUUGUUCGUUUGUUUUUUUAUGUCGAGACAGCUAUCACUAUGUAAUAGCAUUGGCUGGCCUGGAACUCACUUUGUAGACCAAAUUGACCUCAAAUUCAGAGAUCCACCUGUCUACUUCCUUGUGCUGGGUUGAAGGGGUAUACCACCCCUUUGGUCAGAUUUUAAUGUAUACAUUUUAGGUAAACAUGAUACCCCUGUCAUAUGUGGUUACUUUUCUUUAUUUCAGUGUCCACAUCUUUCAACCCAUGACAGAUCAAGGGCUGGACAAUUAAUUACGCUGUAAUAAAUUUGUCUAAAAUGGGC